AUGAGUGGAGACACUAGUCACAGGCAUGAUGCCAACCCUUAUAUAAAACUCAAAGAAAAUGUCGGUUUGUCUGAUCAAAAGCUAAUUGUGGAGGACUUACGGUUAAGAUGGCAGCAUAGACAAUGGGAAACAUGGGGUCGUGGGACAUUACAAGCAUUAAACUGUUAUGAGCAGUGCAUGGACCUCACAGUAAAUGCUAUGAUGCUGAUGGAAGUGAGGUUAACAGAAAGAGGAUGCUUUUGGAGAACAAAAGAAAACACAGAAAAUGAUGGAGAUAUGUGCAAGGAUUGUAUGUUUUUAAUUAAAACAUCAAAGAAGCAUAUGAUAGACUAUGAUUCAAUGAACCAGCUUUAUCGUGUGCCAACCAAAAAAUAUCAAUGUAUUCUCACAAUGAUUUUUGUCACUGAAGAGAUCAACAGAAAUCCCAAACUUAUACCCAACAAGUCUAUUAAUUUUUCAUUCCAUCCUUCCACAUGUGAUGAUUCAUUGACAAUUGUCUCUUCCCUACAUUACACAGAAGCUAAACGGAUUGUUCUUCCUAAUUAUCAUUGUGAAAUAAAUGAUUGUGGCUUAUCAUUUACAGGACCAUCAUGGGAAAGAAGUAGCAAAAUUGCGACAUUUUUCACAAUAUUUAAUAUAGGACAGAUUCACUAUGGCCCAUUUAAUCCUGUUCUGAGUGACCGUUUUCAGUAUCAUUAUCUGUAUCAGAUUGCUCCCAAGGAAACAAGGCUGCCUUUUGCCAUAGUCUCCCUAAUGAUUCAUUUCAACUGGACCUGGAUGGGGCUGGUCAUCUCCGAUGAUGACCAAGGUAUUCAAUUUCUCUCAGACUUCAGAGAAAUGAUGCAAGGGAAUGAACUCUGUUUAGCCUUUGUGAAUGUGAUCACAUUAAACAUGGACUUAUACAAUACAAGGGCUGAGAAAUAUUAUAAACAAAUUGUGACAUCAUUGGCAAAUGUUGUGGUCAUUUAUGGUGAAUUAAAUUCCACACUGGAAGUGAGCUUUAGAAGAUGGGCAAAUUUAGGCAUCCGCAGGAUCUGGGUCUCCACCUCACAGUGGGAUGUCAUUACAAAUACAGGAAGAGACAUCAAUUUUGACUCAUUCUAUGGUGCUUUCACAUUUUCUAAUCGUCAUCAGGAGAUUCCCAAUUUUACAAAAUUUAUUCAGUCAGUGAACACUUCUCAAUAUCCAAUAGACAUUUCUGUUCUGAGAUCACAACGGAUAUACUUUAAUUGUUUGGACAUGGAAUCUAAAUGUAGAACACAGAGUAAAUGUGCACUCAAUAAUUCAUUAAAAUGGUUUGCAAGUCAAGGAUUUGACAUAGCCAUGAAUGAUGAGAGUUAUAAUCUAUAUAAUGCUGUGUAUGCCUGGGUAUAUGCUUACCAUGCAAUGUAUUAUGAACAGGUAGAUGUUCACCCAAUAACAAUUCUAUGUGUACCUGACUGCUCAAAGUUUUACCACACUAUGAAGAAUAUGGAAUUUAUUAACCCCAUUGGAGACCUAGUGACUAUUAAUGAGAAAAGAAAAUGUGAUGCAGACUAUGAUAUUUUCCACAUUUCAAAUUAUCCACAAGGUCUUGGAAUCAAGGUGAAAAUAGGACAGUUUACAUCAUAUGGUUCCUUCAGUCAACAAUUGUAUUUGUCUGAUGAGGCCAUAGAGUGGGCCACAGGGAGUAGGCAGAUUCCCUCCUCUGUGUGCAGUGAGACUUGCAAGCUUGGUUUCAGGAAGUUCCGACAUGAAGGAAACGCAGCCUGUUGUUUUGAUUGUUUCCCCUGCCCAGAAAAUGAGAUUUCUAACAAAACGUAUAUGGAUCAAUGUGUGAAGUGCCCAAUCAACCAAUAUGCUAGCCUAGAGAAAAAUCACUGUCUCCAAAAAACUAUGAAGUUUCUGGCUUAUGAAGAUGCCUUGGGGAUAGCUCUGGCUUGUAUAGCGCUUUGCUUCUCUACACUCACUGCUGUUGUACUUGGGGUUUUUGUGAAGCACAAAAACACACCAAUUGUGAAGGCCAAUAAUCGAACAAACAGCUACAUCCUGCUCAUUUCCCUCAAGUGCUGUUUUCUCUGUCCAUUACUCUUCAUUGGACACCCCACCACAGCCAAGUGUGUCCUGCAGCAGAUCACAUUUGCACUUCUGUUCACUGUGGCUGUGUCAACUGUUUUGGCCAAAACAAUAACUGUGGUUCUGGCCUUCAGGGCCACUGCUCCAGGACAAAAGUUGAGGGGACUGCUGGUAUCAGGAGCACCUAACUUCAUCAUUCCCAUCUGUACCUUGAUCCAACUUGUUCUCUGUGCCAUCUGGAUGGGAACAUCCCCUCCCUUUGUUGACACUGAUGAACACUCAGAACAUGGGUACAUCAUCAUUGUGUGCAACAAAGGCUCAGACACUGCCUUCUACUGUGUCCUGGUAUACCUGGGAUCUCUGGCUAUAGGGAGCUUUACUGUGGCUUUCCUGGCCAGAAACCUGCCUGAUGCAUUCAAUGAAGCCAAAUUUCUGACCUUCAGCAUGCUGGUGUUCUGCAGUGUGUGGGUCACUUUCCUCCCUGUCUAUCACAGCUCCAAGGGGAUAGCCAUGGUGAUAGUGGAAGUCUUCUCUAUCAUGGCCUCCAGUACAGGAUUGCUAAGUUGCAUAUUUUUCCCCAAGUGUUACAUCCUUUUGAUAAGACCCAGUAAAAAUACUCUAAAGAGGGUGAAGAAAAAUCAUAUUGUACAACCAAUUGAUUUUUAA